AUGAAUGCACUGACUGAGCGAGUCGCGCUGGCGCUGCACGCGCGCGUCCGCCGCGUCCGCCGGCUGGUGCGCGUGUGCGGCGUUGGCGCGCGCCUGUUCGGCCUCGUGCCGCGCCGUGUCGUAGCGCGCGCGCGCCGUUGCCGCCCCGCGCCGCGCCUUCUCCGCCGCCGCCUCCGCCUGCCGCCGCCGCGCCGCCGCGGCGUCGCCGCACCUGGCUCGUUUUUUUUU